UGGAGGCGGAGUCCCACCCUUGGAGCAGCUGUGUUUCAGCCCCUCAGUUUCAGACUGACUCAGAGCUGCUCGCAAACAUGAAGUCUUUCUGCCUCCUCUCUCUGAUCCUCCCGGUCCUCUCAGUCCAGGACUCUGCCCCUUUGGGAUGUGGAUCUUGUGAUCUGGCUCAGUGUGCUCCUCUCCCAGCGGAGGGCUGUGCUGCUGGCUCUCUGGUGGACUCCUGUGGCUGCUGCUCUGUCUGCGCUGCCGCAGAGGGUGAGCUGUGCGGAGGUCGCCGGUCGGCAGCUCGCCGCUGUGGCUCCGGUCUGGAGUGCGUGAGAAGCGGGAACAAGAAGAACAAGAUGGGAGUCUGUGUCUGUAAGAGCAAAUACGAGGUCUGCGGGACAAACGGAGUGACCUACACGAACACCUGUGCACUGAAAACUGCAGGCCUGCGAGCCCAGAGUGAGGGAAAAGAAUCUGUCAACAUGCAGAACAAAGGUCGCUGUGGUUCAGCUCCACUCAUUGUUACUCCUCCAGGUGAGGUGUACAACGUGAGUGGCUCUCAGGUGUACCUGAGUUGUGAGGUGGUGGGCGUGCCCACACCAGUGCUAACCUGGAAGAAGUGACAAAGGAAGUCAACCUGUGAUCAGCUGAUCGUCUCAGGAAUCCCAGACUUUUAACUUCCACUAAAACCUGAAUUUGUUUCCUUUCAGUCGUUUUUAGUUUUAAUCCAGCCUUUUUCAAACUUCAGUCUUUUGUUCUACAUGUUAUAUCUUUUGUUAUAUUUGUAACUUUUAAAGUAUUUUUCCUCCUCUGGGCACCAGCGGAAGUUUGAAAUGGUGAAACAGGUGUAUUUGUUUGUUGCAGUCUACACAUUAAAUAUGAACCUUAAACUGCAUGUUUUUCUUCUCAAUUUAAUAAACCAUAAUAAUGUUGGUGUGUUGUUUGAAUCUAAUAAAUAUUUCAACUCUUUCAGUUAAAUAAUCAAUGUUUUUACUGUGAAGGUCCCAGAAAAACAUUAUAUUUUCAAAAAUAAAAAGAGAAAAAUGGAAA